AUGCUUGAAAGGGGCCUGGCGGAAGGAUCGAGAAGCAAAGUGGCUAAAGCAAUAGCAAAACGAGUGCUUCGGGACGGUGGACCACAUCCCAACUACUUCCUUUUCUUGGGUGCUCGCUUAGAACAAAUCCCCAACCUCAGCGAAAUUCAGACCGCCGUGCAGCUGCACCCUACAUUCCUCAUACCACAGAUGCCGGUCGCAGUCCUGAAGGGAUUUUUGCCUGAAAACCUGGCACGUGGCGAAGGUGUAUUGAAGGUGUGGGCACGCCUGCGGCCGUACUUUCUUCGGAAUGUCGGUGAAGUCGCCGCGUUCGCGGACCAAUUUCCGAACGUGUGGCCAGAGGUCGUCGAUCUGAUCAAAGAGAAAGCUGAGUCGGGAGCUGUUGGUGACAUGGAGGGAGGUUUCAACACUUCUGGCAUCACGGGUCUUUUCAAAUGGUGUAUGGGCAGGCGAGACGUGGCCCAGGAGUCCAGAAACGAGCUGGCUUACUGGUUUUACAGCAGGUACCGCCAACAUGGCCCGAAUGGUUGUUGCUGCGGUCGUUUGCGGAUGCUCCAUGGGCUGGUUCUUCAAGAUCCAGCGUGUGCACGCGCAGCCUGGCGCGUCGUGGCAGGGGACGCCGGUGAAGAUCUCCAGGUUGAGCAGUUGCCUCCAGCGCCCGAUUGUGAGACUGAAGUGGGAAGGAAGCAGGUUGCAGACUACUGGUUGGCCAACAGCGCACGCCUCAUCCAGCUGCAGCCAGACAACACCACCUUCAUCGUCGCCACCAGGCUGAUGCAAAGCGAGAAGCUCACAGAGCUGGUACGCUCAUACGAGAAUGCGUGGAAGGCACUGAGAGAGGACCCGUCAUGA